AAAAGAGUCGGUUUAAAGAGUCGACUCCUUCGCGGACGAGUGUGAGUGUUGUGCAGAGGUAAGCUGUUAUGAAACAGCCGCGUGUGUUUUAACGCGGAGAUGAGCGUCUGAAUUUCUCUGUUAGGAGAUAAAAACACUAAAAUAUCCGUGAUGUCAGACUCGGUGGCCCAUACGACGGAAGCGGAGCCUCUGAAAGGCCGACAAGAAGAAACAGGUGGGCCCAAUGGGCGGGGCUGUGCAGGCAAAGUGGGCAUGGCUAAACUGUCAGGGUGGCGCACGGCGGCGUUCCUGCUCUCAAUGUUCAUCUGCCUGAGCGUGGUGUUCGCCUUCUCCUUCAUCCUGCCCUGUCCUGUCAGACCACAGUACCAGUCCACCUGGAACCUGACUCUACCUGCUGCAGUGACAUACAACUUCCUGGCUGUUGGUGAUGCGAGUAAAGACAAAGUGCUGGACGUGUUCCUCAUCUAUAAGAGUUCAGAGGGUCGCAUGAACCACACCUGCAUUGGGGAAGGUCUGUCCUCCCCGUGUCUCUUUCUCCUGGCUGUUGAUGGAACUGGUGGACAGUAUCUAUGGGAACGACCUCUAGCUGCUGAAUUUGAUUGGGCGGAAUGUGGAGUGGGCGGAGUCAAAGGUAAAGGAGGGAACCUUUGUGUGGUGGCUCACGCUGAUAAACUCACCGCCGUUGACAUACACACAGGUGAAAUCCUGUGGAAGAGUUCUCGAUCUCUGGUUGCUAACGGUAACCGCCCAGUGAUCAGCCUGAACAACGACAAAACCAAUGACAUCGCAGUGCUGAGUUACUCAACCACCGACACACCUUCAGUGAAGGACCUGGUGUUCUUCUCAGGUAAAUCCGGUGAGAUGAUUGGCUCCAAGGUUGAAGUGGGCCUGGCUCCGGGUCAGAUGAAGUCUCACCUGCAGUUCAGCACAGCGAGUGAAGCGCAGUACGUCCUGCUCCACACAGACCGAGGGCUGUAUGCGGUGAGUUUGGGAAGGUUGGCAGCGAGUGCUCUCUCUGGUCUCGACUCCACUCUGAAGAGAGAUAAAAGCUGGGAGCAAAGAGCCGAUAACCAGGGACUCAUCACACUAUAUGACUCGGGCUCUUUGCAGUCGGUACUGAAGGUGAGGGGUGGAUAUUCAAGCUCCUCUCCCUCACUGCUGCUCCUGACCAACUCCGCUGUGAUGCUUUUCGACACACAGAAACUCAGCGUUACUUGGACCACCAACACAAGCACCCUGAUCAGUACUCCAUCAUUUGGACACUUCAGCAAUGAUAGAGUUCCUGAUAUCAUGCUUGAGGAAGACCAGAAAAACGACACCAAGAGAGUGGUGAUUUUAGAUGGAGAGAAGGGCAGUGUGCUGUGGGAGUUGUUCCUGCCGUUCCAUUUUAACAAUCCACAACCAGCUUCUGUUCUCACAAUCAACUACUACUCUGUGUUCAUGCUGUGGGGAGAGACACACACACACACCAAUGACACGAGCGUGGAGGGAGAGGAACGUGCUUCGUAUCUACUCUACCCACUCCAUUCUGAUGUCUUGCUGGAGAGGAGAAACCCCGCCCAACACAUCAUUGCCUUUAAAGCACUUCUGUUGGAACGAGGCCGUCAUGCCUGUUACCUCAUCCUGACCGAAGAGGACGGAGCCCUGAACAGCAGCUCGGUGCUUGAUGGGACGAAGCAGGUGGUCCUGACCAAGCGGAAGAUCAAAGGCGACGUCUCUGAUAGCAGCGUGCUAGGAGUGGGCGGAGCUGGGAGACUGGAUGGAGACGUCUCCUUGCAGGAGGAGUCUGUGAAGGAGGCGUUCUAUAGGCUGAGGUUCAGCGAUCAACCUCAGUGAUGUUUAAAUUCACAAAAGUCUGUGUGUGCGCUACUGAUCUGAUUUCAUCUGUUUGGGAAUCAGUGUGAGGGGAUCAGUGCUGGAUUAGAGUGAGAAAAUGAAUGGGAGGGGAUUAGUGUGAGGUGAUCAAUGCAGGAUUAAUGCUGGGAUUAGAGUGAGGGGAUUAAUGUUGGGGGAUUAGUGCUGGGAUUAGAGUGAGGGGAUUAAUGUUGGGGGAUUAGUGCUGGGAUUAGAGUGAGGGGAUUAAUGCUGGGAUUAGUGUGAGGGGAUCAGUGCAUGGGAAUUUGUGUGUGGGGAUCAGUGCUGGGAUUAGAGUGAGGGGAUCAGUGCUGGAUAAGAGGGAACAGAACAGAACAGGAAUAGAAACAGCUCUCAGUGGUGCAUUCAGACUUGUAGCCCCAACUCUAUCACAUUCAAUCCUUUGGUCCAGAACAAUUUCAAAGACUCUCUCUCUCUCUCUCUCUCUCUCUCUCUCUCUCUCUCUCUGUAUUACUCUACAUAUUUGGGAGCUACACUGAAUUUUGUACGUUGAACACUACUACUUGCUGUGCUUUAAUCCUUACGCACCAGGUCUUGUCCCAUUUCACUGCAGCAGCCUUCCGCUAGGACUGUGUUUUACUCCCGUACUCUUGAAUUCAGUACCCUAAACCCUAACUCUAAUACCGGUGUAUUGAAUCAGGCAGUGUUUGACCCCAGACGUGUGUACCCUAAUCCCUAGUUACUACACUGUAAUCUCUAUGCACCAAAUGGGAAUGCUCUUGUCCCAUUAUACUGAAGCAGCCUUCCUCUAGACUGCGCUCGGUGCCUUUUAUAAACACUGUGUAAAUGAGACACGACCUUCAGCUGCGAAGACAAAAACCAAGACAAUCGAGACGUUUACAUUCGAUGAUUAUUUGCUUAGAAAUAAACGUAGAAACAGGAAAGUAACGGUACAGAGAAAUAAGAGCCUCUGUUAUAUUAAACACAGGAGCACUUUAUCAGGGAACAUAACACCUGUACACCUGUGUGUGUGUGUGCGUGCGUGUGUGUGUGUGUGUGUGUGUGUGGACGCUCUAGAUGUAAACCCUCGUUUAUUAGAGGAGUAAAUGAUUAAUUAUUAUUGUUUACUCAGACUUUAUCACUAUAGGAAAGUAAUUUACUCUGAUAUUUUAUUUGAAUACAAUCUUAUUCUGGUGUACAGAUUGACUUUGAUGAAUGAUGUCGUUGAAAGGCAGUGUGUGAAGAUUUAAACACUAAACUGGAGGCCGUGAGCUUCCUUUGAUUGUUAGCUGCAUUCGCAUUAACAUUACCUCCAGGGCAAAGUUAAAGCACUUCACACACCAACACUAAACAUGUCCUGGAUAAGUAAUGAGUUGCAGUGUAGAUAUACAGAGUGCCUUUGUGUGUGUGUGUGUGUGUGUGUGUGUGUGUGUGUGUGUGUGUGUGUGUGUGUGGAAUAAUGAACCAAAGCAGCUGGUUUAAACCCAAAGUUGUAAUGAUUAUUAUAGCUGCUCUGAUCCUGUAUAACACACUGUGCCUUACAGCGCCCUCAUCCCCCGUUUCUUUCUGUAAAAGAUAAACUAACACACUGUGACCUGUAGUGACCCCUAACCCACUCCUACACAUUCACUCGCCACAAACCCAGGACAAAACACACAACCGAACUGAACAACAAGGAAUAUCCGAAUAAAAUGUGUGAAAUAAUCACUGAAAAAAUGCACAGAAAAGAGAAAUGUAAAAGAGCAAACACAAUAGAACACAAACGUAAACAGUGUGUGAAAGAAAAAUAACGGAAACGCAAAUGACAACAACAACAACAGAAAUCAACAAAAUAAAAUGAUUAAAGAAAAUGUAGAGAUAAAUGUACAAACAGCAACAAAACAAGAAAGGAAGGCAGAAAAGUAAAUAAAUGAAUAAUAAAGAUUGGAGGAAAAGAAAGUCCUGAAAAAAGAACGACUCCUUCCUGCUCAGUUGAUUAUUAUUACUAUUUAUUUAUUUUUUUACUUCCUGCUUCCUGUUCAGUGAUGAUCCACGGCUGUACCUGCGUCACACUCGGAUGCUAUCCGUACUAAACAGUAUCCGAGAUGAAAAUGUGUGUGGAAAAGGUGGAGUUUAAAAGUGCGUCUCAAUUCAUUCAUCCGUUAUUUCUCUUCUUCUCCACACGAAUCUGACACUGUCUAAUCUAACGCGCAUCAGAUUGGAUCAGUUUCUGUUUAAUGCUGCUGCUGUUUCAAGAAAAAAAAAUCAAUCCGUUUAAAAAACAUUUUGAAAAGAUGAGAUUAUUUUUUCACACAUUCACUAAAAUCUUUUUUUCUUCCAUUUAAAAAAAGUAUUUUUUUUUUCUGUCUGUUUCCAUGGGAACCGGGUUUAUCGUUAAUCAAUCAAAGCUUCUGCUCCCUGAACACUUAAUCAACAGGACCAUGUUGAGCAGGUGAUGUGCUGUACUGCUCUGUGUGUGUGUGUGUGUGUGUGUGUGUGUGUGUGUGUGUGUGUGUGUGUGUGUGUGUGUGUGAGUGAUGCUGGGUUUAAUGUGAGGAGUCGAUGUUAUUAGAUGUGAUUAGUGUAAACCUGUAGAUCAGGUAUGUUCUGGAUCUCAUGCUGAAUUUCUGAAAGCUGGAAACUGAUUAAAGAGUGUAAAUGUUUAAUAAAGACACGGCUGAACUCAAA